AUGCCUGAACGGGUUCCCCUAACGGGCCCCCCAAAUUUUUUGAAACUUGGUUUUAGUCCCAAACCCCUAGGGCCCCAAAGGGGAUCUCUGUGUUCUGUUGCAGCCACAGCCUCUCGUGUUCCCGUACAGUUACCAUCGAUUGGCUCCUCGACAUUCACGACAAGAACGGACUCUACUUUUCUGAAGGAUGGCUUGCGUGUUCUGCCUCAGCGGGUUCUUCCCGGGAAGCCCAAGGCUUCACCGCUCACGUCCCCGGGCUCCGAGAGCGGCGUCAGCGGACUCAGCCACGACGCCCGCGACACCGCUCCACUGUUGGACAACCUCGAAACGUCGCCCAUCUCUCCCCUGCAUGCACCCCUCUCUCCGCCCUCGAAUCCCACUGCCCUGCAAACAGCGAGUGAGUGCUCAGCGCCGGAGGGCACUGCAUCCCAUGAACCUUCUCAAGUGGCUGACUCAGAGUCAGAGUCGGCUGCAUCAGGUUACGAAACGGAUACAGAAGUGGAGGACGACAUAGACGCCGCAGUAGCCGAGUACCAGGAAAAGCUGCGUGUAGCAACGCUGGACACCGGCGCGCCCAGCACGCCGAACCCCGCUUCAGCUCGGCGGGCGUGCUUGAUACUUGCAGUUCUGCUGUUAAAUAUUAUUGUGGAAUCCUUUGUGGCAGUGUACGGGUGGCGAGGCGGCGGCACUCACCCGUUCCUGGUAGCGACCUUGGCCGUCUGCAUGUUGGUCACUCUCCUGCUGGUGGUCUUGCUCCUCGCCUGCCCGUCCUCCGUCCCCAGCCAAACGUCGCCUUCCGAGUGCCGGCCACGCCGUAUCUCGUGGUACUUCUAUACGGGAUGCGCCACAGCACCCUUGCCACACAGGAAAGUCGUGACCCAAGAGUUCGGGGCAAACGAGUUCAUCUGCCUGGGGGCCCCUCGCCCCCCCUGCCCUGACCUCCACCCUUCUGCAGGCGUCCUCCGAGAGGCUGCCCGACCCGCCCACCAUCACAGUUUCACCGGGUUUUAA